CGGUCACCUGUUUACCAGAUCCAGGAGCGCGGGGCUGCGUGUCCGACUGGGAGCCUUUGAGAGGGCCAACAGACCAUGGAGAGUGGACAGCAAGUAUCUCGAAAAGGCCGGAGACUGGGCUCCAGCCGGCGGCGGCAGACAAGAGAGCCAGCUGAUGGCCAAGAUGCCCCUGUGGCCCCAGAGCCAGAGUCCUGGUCCUCUCAGGCAGCUGCAGAACUGCAGGGCUUCUUCCAGGACUGUGGUGCCAAGGAGAGGGGCUUUGUCACCCGUGAGGACAUGGCGGCGGCCAAGUUCAGCUUCCUGGGCAGCGAGGAGGAGCCGGAGAUGAUCUUCAACUGGGUGGAUGUGGAGCAGAAGGGACGUCUCUCCCUUGAAGAAUUCAGCUCUGGACUCAGAAACAUCUUUGACUCCAGCUCAAGCACCCAGAGGCUCCGCAGAAGGAGGCCAUUGCCCUCUAAGCGGGUAUCUGCUGCCACCAGCUUCCCUGCGCUGGAGGAGGCUGACGCCGAGGAGAAGGAGGCUUUCCUUGCCUUCGUGGAGCAGCUGGGGGCCAGCCCCCAACUUCCUGAGCAGACGGAGAUCUGGCAGCUGUGGGGGGAGCUGCGGCAGGAGGAGCCCCAGCUGGCAGGCAACCUGGCAGGCUUCCUGGCCAAGAUGAGCGGCCGCCUGCAGGAGGCACGGGCCGACAAGGAGGCUCUGGAGCAGACCCUGCGGAAGCGGGACUCUGACCACCACCGCGAGGUCCAGCAGCUCUAUGAGGAGAUGGAGCAGCAGAUCCGCCGGGAGAAGCAGCAGCUGCAGGCCGAGAGCGAUUCCCGGGGCCUGGCCCUCAGCUCCCAGAUGCAGGAGGUGCUGGAGGCCAAGGAGCGUGAGGUGCAGCGGCUGGCGGAGGGCCAGACGGAGCUGGAGGCCCAGCUGCACCGCCUCAGCAGCACACACCAGGAAGCCAACUCGGAGAACCAGCAGCUUCGGGAGGCUGAGCGCGACCUAGCAGGGCAGCUACAGGAGGUGCGGGGACAGCUGCAGGUGACCAGGAAGCACCUAAAUGCUGCCAGGGGCCGAGUGUCCUGGCAGAUGGAGGAAGAGACCAGUGUCUCCAGAGCAGACAGACCAGCCCCAGACCUUCAGGCCAUCUCCCCUGAGGAGGUUCCCCUGCCCAGGCUGUUUGGAGACCACGAGGACUGGAGCCAGCUCCUGAGCAGCUUCCACAGCCCUCCACACGGAGCCCUACAGCUCUCCUGGAGCCCGCCCCCAACCCCGAGAGCGGCCUCAGGCCCCCAGACACCCCGUGUGGUCAGGCAGAUCUCCAUCUCAGAGCCACACGCCUUGCUAUUUGGUCAGGAGCCGUCUUCAGAUCUGGAUGCGGCUCCGAGGAGCCCCCCUGGGGUGCCUUCCAGCACCACGGACGGGAAAGGAGUGGACCCAGAUGGACAGGACAUCAACCCAGAGCACCCUGUAGAAGUCACUCACGGCCCAGACCCUGGCAAGGAGCCGGGGCCCAGACCUGAGGGCCGCUUCCUCAGGGGUCUCCCGGGAGCUCCAGCAGGGGAGUCAGGAAGCCUGGUGGCAGCUGCCCUGAAAGUGCUCAUUCCUUUGGAGGCUGAGCCCCCUCCCCAUGUGAACGCUCUCCUUCCCCAGGCCCAAGCUGGGACCAGCACACAGUUCCAGGCCUCAGACACAGAUGACCAGGGCCCCGGGCCUGGCCCUAUCCCAGCCAAGCCGCCCAGGCAGACAGAGGCCCUCCAUCACGACCUGCCUGCCCCCAGCUCUGAGCCACAACCGGGGGCCCUGGGAGCCAGAGCCCCAACAUUGGAGCCGGCUGGGCCCUCCCGGGACCUGGAGUCUGUGGGUCAGGCUCCUACAGAGGGGCCGGACCAGGGCAAGCCGGGCCCCGCUGUGCAGGAGGAGGCCCAUCCUGAGGGGCUGAGAGAAGCCCCUGGCCAGGUCCUUGGGCCAGGUGGGCUGCCUGCCCGCCCCGACCACGGCCUGGACCAGAAACCCAAGGCCAAGGAAGGAAAACGAGCGGACGGAGGGGGGCCGGACCUCGGUUCAGAGCGGUCAGCUGAGGGUCAUGGCCUGGAAACUGGACAUUCAGAGCUGCCGCAGCCAGAUGCUCUGCCUGUUCCUCUCCCGUCUGACACGCCACAGGCUCAGGCAGAACCGGAAGCCUCCGCUCCUGGGAGACCCUCGCCUCCAAGGGGCUCUCCUCCCCUCUCCCCCACGCGGGCUCAGCCUGGGGCUGGGGCAGGACCCCAGGAGCCCACACAGGCCCUCUCCACUGUGGCUGAGCUGGAAGCCCAAGCCAGGCCCCCACCCACGGCUGCUCACACAAAAGAACAAGGCCUCCCGCAAUCCGGGGGGCCAAGGGCAGAGAGCAGGCCUGAAGAUCCAGGGACAGGCUCCAGAGAGGCUGGGCUGACCCCUUCCCUGGAGGACCCCAUGGCCAGCAAGCCUCAGGCCAAUCCUGAUUACCUCUUCCAUGUCAUCUUCCUGGGAGACUCCAACGUGGGCAAGACGUCUUUCCUGCACCUGCUACACCAGAACUCCUUCAGCACUGGGCUGACAGCCACCGUGGGAGUGGAUUUUCGGGUCAAAAACCUGCUGGUGGACAGCCAGUGCUUUGCGCUGCAGCUCUGGGACACGGCGGGCCAGGAGAGAUACCACAGCGUGACACAGCAGCUGCUCCGCAAGGCUGAUGGGGCGGUGCUCAUGUACGACGUCACCUCCCAGGAGAGCUUUGUCCACGUGCGCUACUGGCUGAGCUGUCUCCAGGACGCAGGUUCGGACGGGGUGGUCAUCCUUCUCCUGGGGAACAAGACGGACUGCGAGGAGGAGCGGCAAGUGCCCACCGAGGCUGGGCAGCAGCUGGCCCAGGAGCUGGGGGUCUCCUUUGGGGAGUGCAGUGCCGCCUUGGGUCACAACAUCUUGGAGCCCAUGGUGAACCUGGCCCGGGCACUCAAGACGCAAGAGGACCGCCUGAAGGGCUCGCUGGUGGAGGUGGCCCCCAAGAGCCCGCGCAAGAGAGCCGGCUGCUGCUCCUGA